UCUGACACAUUUACAAGAAUUCUCCACACUCACUUUCUGGGUAUACCUAGUCUCCUAAAAAAUAACUCGACAAUGAAGUUCGCUCUCCUGGUCCUUGCUUUGUGUGUGGUCGCGAUGGCUCAGCGUGAAACUCAGCCACCAAUAACCAUCACUGUCGAGGAGCUGAUCUGGCUGGAGGUGGGCAACAUCAUCAGGGCCGACCCCCGCAUCUCUCUGUCCGACUGUAAGAGCAGGUGUGACUCCCACUUCGCACUCAACGACGCUCUUGAUGAAUCCCUCACUGACAUCUACUGCCAGCGGGAAUGUGAGCUAGCUAUGAACACUCACGAGGACUUCUUCAGACCACCAGGUGACCGUGGUGACAGGCCCGGCCGCAAGUAAAGAUGUGAAAGACAGAUCAUGAGGGACUUGGUAGUAUGUGGUGUUCGAGCACAUCCUUUCAUGUCUAGAGACAAUAAAUUAAGCCUUCAAAGA